AGAGGCUAAACAGCAGUUUAAUGUACAACAACGGCAUUAGUGAUGGUAGUGGUAUUUAUAUUGUGGCUGCAAAAGACUUAGAGGGAAAAUAAUCGGACGCGCCGCGGCACGUUCGCACCCAAAACGACCGACAACGGCACUGCCACCGAUCAAUAACUCGACGACUGUUGAUCUCAGCGGUUUAGCUCGCAUCGUAACAUUUUUGUUUAAUUGUUUUUCGUGUAAAUACACUAUAUAGUACGAUGAACGCCGCGAGUGUGGUAUUCGCCGUGGUCGUGGUGACUCUGUCGCUGACCGGGUCCGGUCACGGCAUGGCGUACACCGUGUUCCAGGCGGUGGUCGAGUACUACCGGAUGCUGGGACCGGAACCCGUAGACGCGGUACCGGACACGGGUUUCGUGAAGCGGCAGUACGACUUCGUGGUGGUGGGAGCCGGUUCCGGUGGCUCGGUGGUGGCCAACCGGCUGACCGAGGUGGCCGGCUGGACGGUGCUGCUGAUCGAGGCCGGCGGCGAGGAGAACGCCAUGACGGACGUGCCGUUGCUGGUCAGCUACCUGAUCGGCACGGGAUUCGACUGGGGCUACCGCACCGAACCGCAGGACGGCAUUUGCGGCGCGAUGGAGGACCGCAAGUGCCGGUGGCCGCGGGGCAAAGUGAUGGGCGGCACGAGCGUCAUCAACUACAUGGUGUACACGCGUGGAAUGCCGGACGACUACGACAACUGGGCAAGGCUGGGCAACGACGGAUGGAGUUACGCCGACGUGUUGCCGUACUUCAAGAAAUCGGAGGAGGUCAGGCAGAGUCCCAUGACGGAGUCGCCGUACCACGGCCGCGGCGGAUACCUCAAGGUGGAGGAGCCCACGUGGAAGACCAAACUGGGUCCGGUGUUUCUGCGCGCCGGCCGCGAACUGGGCUACGAAGUGCCGGCCGACCACAACGGGCCGCGACCGCUGGGCUUCUCGUACGUGCUGGCCACGAUGGAUCGCGGCACCCGGUGUAGCGCGUCCAAGGCAUUCCUGCGGCCAAUCCGGAACAGGCCGAACCUGACCGUCACCAAGCGGUCGUUGGUCACCAAGGUGCUAGUGGACCCGCACACCAAACGCGCCACUGGCGUCAAGUUCGUGAAAAACGGACAGACCAUAGUGGUGCACGCGCGCAAGGAGGUGAUACUGAGUGCCGGCGCGCUCAACACGCCGCAGGUGCUGAUGUUGUCCGGCAUAGGGCCGGCCGACCAUCUGGCUGAGGUCGGCGUGCCCUUAGUCAAGGACCUCAAGGUGGGCUACAACCUGCAGGACCACGUGUCCAUGGCCGGAUUGGUGUUCCUGGUCAACCAAUCGGUGACCAUCAUCGAGAGUCGGUACCGAAACCCCAAGUACCUGCUCCAGUACGCCGUUAGCGGCCAGGGCCCUUUCACUAUACCGGGGGGCGCGGAGGCGCUGGCGUUCACGGCCACGCGGCAUGCGACUAACGGGUCGGUGGCACCCGACAUGGAGCUGGUGUUCGGUCCCGGGGCGCUGACCGGUGACACGGGGGGAUCGUUGCGCCGGUUACUCGGCAUGAACGAUACUUUCUACGACAACGUUUACGGCAAGUACCGUGAACACGACGCUUGGGGUUUGGUACCGAUCCUGCUCCGGCCCCUAAGUCGCGGACGCGUUAAGCUGAGAUCGGCCAAUCCGUUCCACGCGCCACUUUUCUACGCCGGCUACCUGACGGACAAGCGGGAUAGAGAAACUCUUAUUGAAGGCAUAAAACAGGCUAUCGCAGUGAGCGAGACACCGGCGUUCCAAAAAUACGGGUCCAAACUGUUGCCAAUACCAUUCCCUGGCUGCGAACACGAGCAGUUCAUGUCGGAUGCGUACUGGAUGUGCGCCACCGGGCUGGUGUCUACCAACCUGCACCACCAAUCGGGCACCUGCAAGAUGGGACCGGAAACCGACCCGGACGCCGUAGUAGACUCGAAACUCAGGGUACGUGGUGUUAAAGGCCUCCGGGUAGUCGACACUUCCAUCAUGCCCGUCAUACCAGCCGGGCACACCAAUGCUAUGGCUUUUAUGAUCGGUGAGAAAGCGUCCGACAUGAUCAAGGAAAACUGGCUCAAAUUAUAACGGAAAUGACAGUGAUACGCAAUAACGAUGUAACUGCAACACGUCUAUAUACGCACCAUCCGCAUUUAUAAUAUUAUAAAAUAAUUAUAGAAUAAUCCGGCCAGGUAUACCUUAAGCACAUUAUUAGAACGCGCGUUAGUUCAUCGUUAUUAUGAGUCGUUGAGAGCGAGGCAAAUUUGUUUAAAUAUGUGUUCGAUUUGUAAGCAACGUAGAAGCAACUUUUAAUCACGAUUUAAUAUUAUGUAUUACCUAUGUAUAUAGCUGUAAUAACGUAUACAUUGUAUAGUUCUAAUCAAUUCAUUUUAAUUUUUUAAAUCAUUUUGACUCGCACGUAAGCGUAGUAUUAUCAGAUUUAAGGAACAUAAUGAAUGAAUAACAUCAUAUGAAUGAAUACUAUAUAUAUAUAUAUAUAUCUGAUACACUAUUUAGGAUACCUAUGAAAUUAAACAACAAAAUAAUGACGAUUAAAUAGAUGAUAAGAAAAAUUGCAUUUUAAUCUGAUAUGCGUACCUAAUUUUUUUUAUGUAUUAUGAUCUCACACUAUAAAUAUUUUUAUUAUUAUUGUUAUUGUUUCUCAAUCAAUGUGUACAUACUGUGUUGUUUAAUAGCUUUAAAUAUAAUAUUAUUAUAU